AUGACCCUUCUAUCAACCCUCCUCCACGCAACCAACUUCAAAACCCCCCUCCUCCGCACCCUCAUCCCCUCCAUAGCCCUCGCCUACGGCAUCCAAGCCGCCGUCGCCAUCCCCUCCAUAGCCGCGCAAUCAGAGCGCUUUUACGACCUCUCAGGCUCACUCACCUACCUCUCCUGCACAGCGCUGAGCCUGUAUCUCCCUGUCCUGCGCGCCCGUGCCGCCUCAGCUGCAUCCGCAGGCGUCCUGUCCGCAGCACGCGCACCGCAAUGGCCGAGCCUGAUCGCGAGCGCGCUGAAUAGGGGUGAGGCUGCUGGAGGGUUCUGGAACUGGCGGCAGGUCGUUUUGAGCGCUGCUGUAGGAAUAUGGGCGACGCGGCUGGGGUCCUACCUCUUCCUCCGCAUCCUCGAUGACGGCGCCGACUCUCGCUUCGAGGAGAUAAAGCGCUCACCCCCAAAAUUCCUCGGCGCAUUCAUGGCCCAAGCAACAUGGGUGACCCUCUGUGCGUUGCCUGUCCUAACCCUCAACUCCCUCCCCGUGGGCACCUUCGCUUUGCUCCCCCGCCUCCUCCCCACCGACCUGCUAGGCCUCACCCUCUUCAUCACCGGCCUCGCCUUCGAAGUCAUCGCAGACCGCCAGAAGGCCCAGUGGAGCAAAGAGAAGAAGGAGAAAAAGCACAGUGAAGACUUCCUAACCCGCGGCCUUUGGAGCCGGAGCCGCCACCCCAACUACUUCGGCGAGGUGACGCUGUGGAGCGGUAUCGCUGUCGCAGCGGGCGGGGUGCUAAUAUCUCAGGCCGGGCAGCACGGGAUGGGUUUGUCGGGCGGGAUAGGGGGGAGGGCGGCGGCACUGGCGAUGGCGGCGGUGAGUCCGGCGUUUGUGGCGUUUCUGCUGUUGAAGGUGUCGGGUGUGCCGCUUAGUGAGGAGAAGUAUGAUAAGCGGUUUGGGGGGAGGAGGGAUUACAUGGAGUGGAAAGCGAAUACGCCGGUAAUGGUGCCCAAGAUAUGGAGCUAG